GUACGACGUGAAGGUUUCUUGUGGAUGUGCGUUCUGUAGGAAGGGCAUACUCAGUGUCCAAGUCAUUUGGACGAAGUACUGUCCUCCCUGCACAUAAAUCCAUGUACAUCUGACUCCAAUUUGUUACUACGGAUCACGUCCGGGAGGUUGUUGAAAUAUAAGUAUUCGUUCGAUGGCCCGGGAGUCCCCAAUAUUCAUGCUCCCGAAGACUCUUUCGAUUGUUUGAUAGGAUGUCUGCUACGGAGUCGCUUGCCACAGGUUACGUUGGAAUCGCAGGUUUUACGGUCCUCAUCUGGGACCAUAUUGAUACAUUCACUACCGAGGUGACAUACAUCUGGCUAGGAGAAAAGUCCCUUCGUGUAAACGAUUCGUCCGAUACGAAGGUUCUAUGA